UGGCGGCGCCGCCCUCUGGAGAGGGAGCCGGCGAGAGGCUGGUGUGAAGAGCAGCAUCUCAAUGAGGGACGGGCUAAUGCAAAUCGCCGCAAUCACCAGCAGACAGUAGAAGAAAGGCGAAGCAGCUGCCGCUCAGCCUCAGCAGCAGCAGCGGCCAGCCGGGGGGGGACAGAAGACACAUAACAAAAGGCAUCCGAGCUGCUCUCUGCGACCACAGUUGCAAUCAAAGCAAGGUGGCAGGGCGGGGGCGUUGCUGAUCGGAAACCCAGCACCUCCUUCACAACCAACCUACUUAGGUUUGGGGCAGACGCGCUUCCAGCCCCCCACCCUUCCCAAGAAAUAGAUUUACAUCAGAUGUCCUUUGGAAGAGACAUGGAGCUGGAACACUUUGAUGAGCGUGAUAAAGCACAGCGGUAUGGCAGAGGGUCACGGGUAAAUGGUCUGCCUAGCCCUACCCACAGUGCCCACUGCAGCUUUUACCGAACCCGCACUCUACAAACCCUCAGUUCUGAGAAAAAAGCCAAGAAAGUUCGUUUCUAUCGCAACGGAGACCGGUAUUUCAAAGGGAUUGUCUAUGCCAUCUCCCCCGACCGGUUUAGAUCUUUUGAGGCCCUGUUGGCUGAUCUGACCCGAACUCUGUCUGAUAAUGUGAAUCUGCCCCAGGGAGUGAGAACAAUCUACACCAUUGAUGGUACCAAGAAGAUUUCCACCUUGGACCAGCUAGUGGAAGGGGAGAGCUAUGUGUGUGGUUCAAUAGAACCUUUCAAAAAACUGGAGUACACGAAGAAUGUAAACCCAAAUUGGUCAGUGAAUGUUAAGACAACAUCUACUUCCCGUACGGUGCCGUCUCUUGCCACUGCCAAAGGAAGUCCUUCAGAUGCAAGAGAGAAUAAAGAUUUCAUUAGGCCUAAACUGGUCACCAUCAUCAGGAGUGGUGUGAAACCACGUAAAGCAGUCCGGAUUCUGCUUAAUAAGAAAACAGCACAUUCAUUUGAACAGGUUCUUACUGAUAUAACUGAUGCCAUCAAGCUGGAUUCGGGAGUGGUUAAACGCCUGUACACACUGGAUGGAAAACAG